AUGAAGGCCAGUGCUCCUAAGCCCAAGUGGAGCGACGUCUCAGCUAUGAGUUCGACCACGAAAAGCUAUUGGGCCCAAUGGGACAGCUUGCUGAUUCAGGAUGGAGUCCUGUGCCGUAAAUGGGAAAAUGGUCGGGGAGACAGGUGUCAUUUGCAAAUAGUUGUCCCUAAGGCUAAAGUGCCGGAAGUUCUACAGCUGUACCAUAGUGGUUGUUCAGGAGGCCACCUGGGAGUUAAACGAACUCUCCUGAAGAUCCGAGAACGGUUUUACUGGGUCCACUGUCGUGACUAUGUCGAGGACUGGUGCCGCAAAUGUACAAGUUGUGCGGCUGUAAAGGGACCUCAAAUUCGUAGUAGAGGCGCAUUGAAAUUGUACAAUGUUGGUGCACCAUGGGAGAGGAUAGCCAUUAACGUUGCGGGGCCGUUUCCAGAAACUGAAAGUGGUAACAAGUAUUUCAUGGUUGUGAUGGAUUACUUCACUAAGUGGCCAGAAUUCUUCGCCAUUCCGAAUCAAGAAGCUUCAACAGUUGCAGAUAAACUAGUUCAUGAAGUCUUCUGUCGUUUUAGAGAUUCACAGCGAUCAAGGAAGGAAUUUUGA